AUUGAAAGCUGGAACAAGCACGACCAGAAGCUGUUUGACGCCGUUGAGAAAGGGGACGUGACCCGAACAUCUCUUUUUGCCUCGAGGAAGACAGCCCACCCCACCAAGCUCAACGCCCUGGGACAAUCUGCGUUCCAUCUGGCAGCUUCCAAGGGACUCACAGAGUGCCUCACCAUCCUGCUCACCCAUGGGGCCGACGUCAACGAUAAGAACGAGGAUGGCAGCACAGCUCUGCACCUGGCCACCAUCGCUUGCCAGCCCCAGUGCGUGAAAGUCCUCCUCCAG